AUGUCCGACAUGUGGGAUAGGGCCAGUUCAGGUAAUUGGGACAACAAAGACAGCGGUGGCCUGGAGAAAGGCGAUGGCUACAGCUGGCCGCAUGACCAGAACAACGAGAACGCAAAGCCUCAAUUUGACAACGACAACGACUGCCGCAUCUGUGGUGCCAAUGAUCACUUCGCCCGCAACUGCCCCAAUGCUGAGUCGGACGUUGGGACCCAGGGAGGUUGCUACAAGUGUGGUCAGAUGGGCCACAACAAAUCGGACUGUCCCGAGGGUGGAAACUCCAUGGGCGCCUGCUUCAACUGCGGCGAAGAGGGACACUCGAAGGUCGACUGCCCUCAACCUCGGAAGCUUACAGGUGGGUGCUUCAACUGCGGUGAAGAAGGGCAUUCCAAGGCUGAUUGCCCCAACCCCCAUGUAUUCACAGGCACCUGCCAUUUCUGCAGUCAGGUCGGCCAUCAAGCUUCAGCCUGCCCUGAGAAGGGACCCACUGUCUGCAAGAAUUGCAAGAACGAAGGACACGCGGUCAAAGACUGCAAAGAGAAGCGCAAGUUCGACCUGAACCAUGUUCCUGACAAGCUUCCUGAAGAGGCGUGGGCCAUGAUGACGGCGGCCAGUGACGACAAGGACAUUCAGGGAUUUCGAGAUGCUCUUCAGGCCUAUUCAAAGGCUGUCCCCGAGGCAACAUAUCAAGAAAUCGCAAAGAAGAUGCGCGAAGAGAGCUUCAAGCUUUUCCUCAUUGGACUUGAGAAGAUCAACGCCGAAGUCAUCAGCUUGAUUGACCUGCAGGGAAAUUUGGACCGUGAGUACGCGGUCGGUUUUUUCUUCGGCAACAAACCGAGUCGGAGCAGCCUCAAGUCUCGUUGGCCUGAGAAUGAUGACGAGAACCUCGAGCGACUGGCCAAUGCUGGACUUCCCUACGAUCGCUUGAUUGUCAAAUGCCGCAACUGUGAGGAGCUUGGUCAUAUUGCCAAGUCCUGCCCGCAGGAGGCGCGGGAGUUCGAAAAAGUCCAAAUCAAGUGCAACAACUGUAGUGAGGUCGGCCACCGUGUGCGUGACUGCCCCUCGGCGCGCAAGAGCAAGUAUGGAUGCCGCAACUGCGGCAUCGAUGGCCAUAUAGCUCGGGACUGCCCCGAACCACGCUCCGCAGCUGAUAUGGAAUGCCGCAAGUGUGGUGAGACUGGCCACUUCGCAAAGGACUGCUCCCAGGGUGGUGGUGGAAGUGCUCGUACCUGCCGCAACUGCGGAUCUGAGGACCACCUUGCUCGGGAAUGCGACAAACCUCGAGACCCUUCCAAUAUGCAGUGCCGAAACUGUGACCAGAUGGGACAUGCUGCCCGUGAUUGCCCCGAGCCAAAGGACUGGUCCAAAGUUCAAUGCAACCGCUGCGGUGAAAUGGGUCAUACCGUGCGACGAUGCCCUCAGCCUGAAGAGUCCGGCGAGAACAAUUACGGCGGUGAUGAUGCCGCUGGAUAUGGCGGUGGCUAUGGCCGCGACAACACUCAGCAGGAGCAGGGCGCCUGGACUGACACGAACGAGGUCACCGACCAGUUUGCUCAGCUCAAGACCGAUGGUGCUGAGAAUGGCGCUCAGUGGUAA